GUCAUUUGAGACAAAAGUGAGUGUCCUCUCUCCCCCUAUCAUUAGGCUCGACCAACCCCAGCAAGAAAGGAGAAGUAAGCUCUCAAACCAUCCUCCAUAGCUGCAAAAUACGAGCUCAUACAAUAGAGGUCUAAGGGAGGAGUUUAAAGAAAGAAAUAACUAGGAAAAGUGUGAAGAAUUAAGGGACUUGAUUAAGGUAUUUCAAGAACUUUCAUAAAGUUGAAAAAGUCGCUGGAGUUGUCACCGGAGGUCCUCACAAGUCGUCGGAGUUUCGUCGGAGUUCAACCAAGAAGGGUAGAACUUCAUAACGCUCAUUCAAGGUUGAAGCUAAGGCUAGCUAUCCACACCUUGCUCGGUGAAGUGAUCCAAAGGAAGACGUGAAAUGGAGGGUAGGCGCAUGGCGACAAGGAACAAUCCAAGAUGGCAGGCGCCAGUAGCUUCUAUGAGAGCUAGCCGGGCUGCAUCUCAAAGCUCUAGAGGAGGAAGGGGAGGCCGUGGAGGCCGUGGAGAUCGCGGGGGCCAUCGAGCCCAAACUGUGAGCGACGACCAUGUGAGCUCGGUGUAUGAAACCAACACCGAGGACUAUGACUCGACCUAUGUUCUUGGAACGGAGUAUGAGGAGACCCCAUAUGAAUGGGGCGAUUUCCACACCAAUGAUGAGAAUGACGAUGAGAGUGAUGCCCGAUUCGCCCAAAUGGGUGAAUUACUUGAGUGGUAUCAGAAAGAGAAACUGAGGAGAGACCUUAGGCGUCAAGCAAGGCGUGGUUCUCAAGGAGUUUCGGGUCAAGGAAGUCGGGGAGCUUCAAGGGCCACACCUGUGGCACCACAAGGUGGGCGUGAAGGAGGUUUUGUAGUGAGAAUCUCCGAAAAAUUAAAAAAAAUGAAAAAAAAUUAAAUUAGGCCUGGACCCGGGCCCGACCCGGCCGGGCCGGUUCGCCAAAAGUAAGACCGAGCCCGGAACCGAGAACCAGGCCGGUCUCGGUCCCGCACAGUAGCGGGCCGGGUGGCCCGACCCGAGUCCACCACUAGUUUCGUGUAGUACUUCUAUAACACUAGCUAGAAACCUUUUAGCAAAUUUGAAGGUUUCUUAUAAGUCAAAUAUUGAUGUUGCCUUAAGCCUAAGGGGCACCCAAAUUUUGUGAGGGAGGAUUCAGGUAACGUGUGUAAUUAUUUCUCGUGUGCGUCGCCGAUAAUUCACCGGUCGGG